AUGGGAAAGCUAAGCCCCGUGGGGCCGAAGCUGGGACACUGCUACGGUCCGCAGAAGGAGGCCGCGCGACCGCAGCUGCUCUCCCCAGGCGCUUAUCAGGCCUCGUCGCCGCUCCCCUCGUUGCUCCGCUGCCACGUCAGUCACGCUUCUUCCGCCCUUCCCAUCCCGCCGCGGACCACGACAGCAACGGGGGCGGCCAAUGAGGGCGAUCCACGUGGCAGCGGGCGCAAGAAACUGCGCCCCUGUCUCUCCGCCCCGCCCCUGUACAUAUCCUCCUUCUUCUACAAGAACGUCGUUGCGCCUCUGCGCUCCGCCCGCUCCCCCUCCGCCCACUCUCCCCCCGCCCGCCCUCCCGGUUCCCCGCACUCCCCCGGACCACCGACUUUCCGCCGCGCCUCCUCCGCCUGCUCCGCUUUUUCCGCCAACCGCAAGGCGGGAAAUUCUUCGCUGCCGAGCUCGCGCCUGCCCCCCCUACUCCCUGCCUCCCCGCGACAUCCUUCCCCCUCUUCCCCGCCCUCAUCCCCCUUCCUUUCCCGCUCCCCCUCCUUCCUCCCCAGAUCCUCGUCUCUCUCCUCCGCUUCUUCCUGCCCCUCCCCCCACUCCCUCUCCUCCCCUUCCUCUCUCCCCCCGUCCCCCGCGCUCACAUCUCCGCUCUCUACCCGUCCGCGGACGUUGUCCGGCAAGACGGCCGGCGGAACAACCGGCGCCGGCAAAGUGGAAGCUCGCGCCCUUCGCUCAGGACUCCCGGCGGCUAGCCGGCGGUCGCGACGGCAGCCGGCUGACGACGAGGAAGAAUAUUUUUAUUUUCUGCCCGAUAUUGAGGACGAUUGGGAGGAAGAGGAGGCGGUUCAGAGACACCGGCGGGAGGGGCAGCGGUGGCGGGGGGAUAUCGGCGGAGAGGCGCAGGGGAAGCGCGCGGACGCGGAGCGCGGGGAGCUGGGGGGAAGCCCCGGGCAGGUGGCGCAGUGGAGUGUGAAGGCGUUGAGAGCGGUGAAGGACAACAUGGCGCUGUCUCUGCCGCCUGAGUCGCUCAUUCUCGUGGUGUCGUGCCUUGUGGGCGUGCUGACUGGCUCGUCCGUGGUGCUAUUUAACGAUACGGUGCACAUCAUCAGAGACACGCUCUUUCAAAACGUGCCUCACGAGGAGGGCUCCGCGUGGCUGAGGGACCAACCAGUGGGCGACGUGUGGCACCUCUUCCUGGUUCCUCUGGCCGGCGGCAUAGCCGUUGGUAUCCUCAACUCCCUCAGGUCUGGGCUUAAGGAUACUGCCCCCACCCGCACGCAGCAGCAGCAGCAGCGCCAGCAGCAGCAGCAGCAGCAGCAGCGCCAGCAGCAGCAGCAGCAGCAGCGCCAGCAGCAGCAGCAGGAGGGGGAAAGAACGGAGAAGCAGGAUGGGAAGGAUCAGACAAAGUUUCCCAAGCAGCCAGCCUUCUCCCUGCCGUUUCUCACCCCGGAUGACGUUUCCGAGCUUAACCGCAAGUCUCGGGCCGUGGCUCGGCCGGUCCUGAAAGCCCUGGCAGCAGCGGUCACGCUCGGCACGGGGAACAGCCUCGGUCCGGAAGGCCCGAGCGUGGAAAUCGGGUCCAGCAUCGGGAAGGCCACAGGGAGCAUCGUCCGGGGAAGCCGCGAGCGCACGAUCGCACUCGUAGCAGCAGGAUCCGCCGCGGGUAUAGCAUCGGGGUUCAACGCUGCAGUUGCCGGGUGUUUCUUUGCUCUGGAAUCCGUUCUUCGGUCGUCCACGCAAGGCUCCCCUGCUAGCCUCACCACGGCCAUGAUCCUUCUGUCUUCCGUUCUUGCUGCGGUGGUUUCCCAGGCUGGCUUGGGCGCAGACCCAUCCAUCCAUGUGCCCUUAUACGAGCUCCGAUCGCCGGCGGAGCUGCCGCUGUAUCUCCUCCUGGGGUUGUGCUGUGGGGGAGUGUCGAUCUCGCUCACGCGCUCAGCGGCGUUCUUCUCGUCGAUGUUUGACGGGUUGGAGGCGAACACAGCUGUGCCGCCCGUGCUGCUGCCGGCGAUCGGAGGGCUGGGGAUUGGGGUGAUCUCCCUGGUGUAUCCCGAGGUGCUCUAUUGGGGGUUUCAAAACGUGAAUGACCUCAUCACGUCACACCCACUCGUGGCUUCGCCUGCGCCGGGGUUCCUGCUGCAGCUAGUGGUAGUCAAGGUCCUCGCCACGGCCUUCUGUCGCGGGUCGCGCCUCGUGGGUGGCUUCUACGCGCCCUCGCUCUUCAUCGGGGCGGCGCUCGGGGCGGCAUACGGGCGGCUGGCCAGUGACGUGCUGGCGUUCAUUGACCCGGAUCUCACCCUCACGUGGAUCCAAGUGGCUGCUCCCCAGGCCUAUGCUAUGGUGGGAAUGGCAGCUACCCUGGCAGGAGUGUGCCAAGUACCCCUGACAUCCGUCCUCCUGCUCUUCGAGCUCACACGUGACUACCGCAUCAUUCUCCCGCUCAUGGCAGCAGUCGGCAUCUCCUCCUGGCUCGCCUCCACUGCCGCCCGAAAGCCUCGCCGCCCCCAACCGGGCGGCGUCACCGUCUUUGCUCCCUCCAACUCCCCCUCCUCCUCCUCCUCUUCAUUCCCUUCCUCCCCUCCUUACUCCUCUUCCUCCCCUUCCUCAUCCUCCUCCUCCUCCUACCCAUAUCCGACUUCGUAUUAUCCCAGUCCUCUCUCCCUGUCGCUCGUGCCGGUUCUACCCCCGUCGCCCGUGCCCCCCUCGCCACUGCUCUAUUCUGGGGCAGGCUCCUAUGCUCCUGGUCCUCCUGCUGCUGAAGCUGCUCCUGACGCUGCUGCUGCUGCUGCUACUGCUGCUGCCACUCGUCCUCCCUACUUGGCUUCUCAGGCCCCUGCUGCUCCCCUUCCUUCAUACGCGCCGUCUCAGUUCCCUGGCCCUUAUCCUGGGGCGCUCUUUACGGGGGAUGUUUAUUCUGGGUCAGGGUCUUGGCUAGAUCUAGCUGCGGAAGUCGCUGCCGAAGCUGCAGGCGUGGCCGCCGAAGCUGCGGCGACUGCUGCCGAAGCUGCCGUGGAAGCAGCAGCGGAAGCAGCCGAAGCUGAUAACGUUGCUCUUGCCACAACAGAUGGUGAUUCCGCCCUUGCUCCCGCUACUCCUCCUGCUCCUUCUGCUCCUCCUGCCAAUCCGCUCGUGCCAGCUGUCAUACUAGACGUGGCAGGUGGGUCGGGAGGAGGAGUUUCCCCAGGUGGUUUCUCAGGUGGUUCAGCAGCAGCCAUGGCGGAGUCAAACGCGACUGUGAUUGUACUGGAAAGAGCAAGUGGUCUUGUGCCAGACCCUCUACCCUCUCCUUCCCUUCCUCCUCCUGCAACCUCCUCUCCCAUGUCAGUAAACAGUCAAGGGACAGAAGCCAAGGCAGCUCAGGCUGACGCGGCUGCAGCAGAAGUGGCAGCGGCAGCAGCGGUGGCGGCAGCGGCAGCAGUUUCGGUGGUGGUGGAUGCAGUUUCCGCAGUUUCGGGGUCACCAGAAGCAACAGCAGCUGCAGCAGCAGCAGCAGUAGCCGCAGCAGCAGUGAGCGGUGUGACAGGAAUCGCGCCUGCUAAAGGAGCAGGUGAUAGUUCAACAGAAGCAGGAUCCACUGAAGUGGGUGCUAGCUCUAUUCAAAGGCAAGAAGAAGCUGCAGCGGCAGCGGCAGCAGCUGAAUCGCAAUCAGAAUUUACAUCAGAGGGCCCAGAGGGAAGCAACAACGGGCUCUCACAAGAGACCCCAUCUGCUGGUUUCUCCUCUCCUUCUCCCGACCUCCCAACCGCAGACCUCCCUCCUCUUCGAAUCCCUUCCCCCAUCAACCCCCAGUCCGGCUUAAUGGCUCCGUCCCAACCCAGCUCUCCUCCUCCUUCUGCUCCACCCUCCUCCCCAUCGUUUGCACCCUUCCCCCCGCCGCCUCCCCUUGUUGUCGUCUCGCGCGACGACGGCGUGUCUCUGGACGUGCGCGACGGAGUGUUCUUAGAGGAGCAGCUUUUAGAGGAGCUUCCGGUGGCAGUGGCAAUGAACACAUCCUUCGCAGCAGUGGGGGUACGAGCCAUGGUGCGGGAUGCUGUGGCUUCUAUGGUGGCGCACAGGCAGUGGUGCUGCUUGGUGCUGCAGGAUGGGGGGUACCUGCAUGGGCUGCUGACGCUGGUGGAUGUUCAGGAGGAGGCGGAGAGACAGCUUUCGGCUGGGGGUGCUGCUGCUGACGUGGAGGCUCUUCCUGUCAUUGCCAUCUGUCACCAGCAUCCUGAUUCCGAAGCUUUCCUCCGCUUGCCUUCAGAAUCAAAUCUUUCUCCAGAUGCCAACAGCAACCCUUCGUCCUCUAACUCGUCUGGCAUUGCCGCCCGGAGCCGGCCGUCUGAGGCCAUCGAGGUGACUUUCCCGGAUACCACUCUGCGGGCGGCGCGCGACCGAAUGACGGCUCGCGGGCUUAGGCAGCUUCCCGUGGUGCUGCGAGAGGAAAUGGUGGUGACGAGAGAGAGGGUGGGCGGCGAUGUCUCAGGGAGUGGCAGCAGCAGUGGGAGUGAGAGCGAGAGGGGAAGUGGUGGUUACAGUAGCAGCAGUGGUGGGAGUGGAAGUGAGAGUGAGCGUGGGAGCGGGAGUGAGAGUGAGAGGGAAUACCGAAGAGGAAAUAAUGGAUGGGGAAGUGGAGGGGGGAGCAGCGGGAGUGAGAGAGAGGAGGAUGAUAGCACGGAUGGGGAGAGUGGUUCGGAUGGCGAUGACAUCAGCAACAAUGAUGAUGACAUGGCACCUGUAGUGCGUCUUCGGGUGCUGGGGUUGGUGGAUCGAGACGACAUAUCGCUUGCUUGCAGGGCGGAGGCCACUCGCCGCCUUCUCUCAGCCCUCCCUCGGGAUUUCCGUUCCUCUGGUGGUGGAGGCAGUGGGAGUGCAGGCAUGCAGCAGACACAGCUGGACAGCUCUCUCUUCCCAGCUGCAUGA